AUGUCGUCAUCUGCAAAGGGGAAUUGUGGCUGCUGCGGCCAUCCUUUUGCCCCUCCAUUUAGGCAGGAGGUCGCAUCAAACCCCUGCACCCAUGUUGCAUGCUUGCAAUGUUUUCUCGCUCGCGGAACGCUCUAUGGUGGUGGCAUAAACCGAGAUGUUUUUCUUCGGUGCCCGGUCCCUAGAUGUCUCAAAAUCGUCGGCUUCAAUGAUCGUGACCUGGUCUUCAUUUCACGAAUUCCAUUCAACCCGCUCGAGCUGCCACCAGCAAGUAAUCAAUUCGAUUCCUCCGAUGAUGACGAAGAAAACGAUCUUAAUGAAGGUGACGGAAGCGAUUCUGAAAAAGACGACAAUAAGACCACUGGUGCUCCUGUCGGCGAAACCGCUGGUUCUAUGGAUUUUGAUCACAUCGACUCCUACUGCGAUGGCGAAGCCAACGAUCUCGAUGAAGGUGACGGCGGCGAUCAUGGAGGAAAUGACGCCAAAACUUCUUCUGCUCCUGUCGGCGACACCGCAGAUAUGGAUUUUGAAAGGACCUCUGAUUCAGCUGUCAUUUGCAUUUCUGAUGAGGAGCCGGAAGAAACAAGUCGUCAUUAA